AUGGGGAUCGCACAUGGUGUUGUCUUUAUGAAACGUUUGUCUAUCUUUCCCAUCUUCCACCUCGGCGCCGCUCUUGACGGCACGCAUGCUGACAGACGAUACAGAGAGUCCUGUACCGAGGCGGGCAACCAGGUUAAUAUCUGUUGGAACAACGAACGCAGCCCGCUCGGCAACAUCAGCAGCCAGUUACUGGAAGACACAUACUCUUCAUUGAGCGCUGAAGCCCCAUCCGCGACCACCUGGGCUUUUGAUCCACAGUCAUUGCUUCCUGCUACCUCCACACCCUCCACCUCGACAUCUCCUCCCAGCACAACCACUGCCGUGACUACCCCCUCGUCAAGUCCCAAUUCCCCCUCCGCAUCUUUAUCCGGUGGCGCUAUUGCUGGUAUCGUGGUCGGUGUCGUAGUUCUGGUCGCAAUCGUACUGGGAGGGGCCGCAUACCUACUCAAACGGCAUCGCCGGCGACAGAAUCCCACCCCUGGAUUCCCCCCUGCAGAGUUACUAGCUCAUGAGACACGGCCAAAGGAACAACGGUAUGAAGCUGAUGGCAAGCCGAUAAAUUUACGAAGGCCUGUAGAAUUACCAGCAAGCCAUCAGUGA